AUGGCCCCUCCCGGCCCCCGACGCCCCUCCACGACCUCCUCCCAAAACGGCCACCCUCCUCACCACCACCGCGACGCCCCCUCCUACCCCAGCGGCACCGACGACAUCGACCUCCCGCCGCCCUACGCGAACACCCCCGGCGCAGACCACAUCUCCUCCUCCCUCCUCGAGCCCCGCAUCGCCGUCGUCCUCAACGUCCCCAAGGCCUGGCGCCCCUGGCUCUUCGCCUGCCGCCUCCUCUCCAUCGGCCCGCACAUCUUCUGGGCCCUCUCCCCCGCCGUCACCCUCCUCGUCCAGAUCAUCCCCGUCGCCGUCCCCGGCGGCAAGAAGGCCGCCGCGAACCUCGCCGCCGCGGGACUCGGGAAUGCUGCUGCUGCUGCCGGGGCCGCGGCCACGGGGCUGAGCUUCGCCGGAGGAGGAGUCGGAGUCGGAGGAGCGCCGGGGGCGUGUCCGCCGAGCAAUUGGCCCCCGGCACACCCCGCGAUACCGUUUCCCUGGACGGAGAUGUCCCUGGGUCUGAUGUGGUGCGGCGCAUCGGCCUAUCUCUCCUUCUUCUUCAUCGACUGCCUCAUGUCCCGCUGGUUAAUCAACUACACCCCCUCCGCGACCAUAAUCCGCAUCCUCACAAUGAACGCCACAAACGCCUUCCUCACGGAGCGAAUCCUCACCUUCUCAGGCGGCUUCGAGGACCCGAGGCUCCUACUCCCGGGCUGGGUCACAAUCGCAACAACCCUGACGAUAGCCUACCACAUCACCCAGCGCAGCAUAAACAUCAAAAAGGAAACCUCCACCUCGAUAAACAUCUUCUCCAUCGCCAGCUUCAUCAGCAUGGUCUCCCUGCUCGCGCACCUCCACUACAACGGCUCCGACUACCCCGAGAAGCCCUUCGAGUCGCUCGCCCGCCUGCUGCUCGAGCUCGCGCGGAACGUCGUGGGCGACGGCAUCAUACCCGCGUCCUUUGACUCGUCCUCCACCACCGCGCGGACGGAGCUGUGA